AUGGCCGCGGAAAUAGCAACACCGCUGAUUGCAUUCGGAUGUGCAUUGGUUGUGUUUCUUUUAUUCGUCAUAAGUUUAGUGUCCUACCAUGUUAUUUGUGGUCAUCGUAAAAAGCCGACAACUUUACCACAAUUACCUGCCAACGAUUCACCUUGUUAUCCAGACAAUUCACCUAGUGUGCAUUUUAAAUUAGACUCACUGCAACAUACACCUGAAGAUACACCAACGAAUAUGAAUGAGCCAUCAACCAGUAGAUCAGGUUUCGAUGUAUUACUCCAGUCGCGUUUAGAAAUCGCUGAAAUUGAUGAUGAAAAUGAAUAUUGUAAAGUUAGCAAAGAAUCGCCUUUAGAAUAUGCUUAUGAAGGACCGGAUGAUGAGCCUUUACAACAAACAGUUUUAGGCUCUGAAACAAACUCGAAUAAAAUUGAAUCACCAGAAAUGUCACCAACAAAUCAUCAUCCUCCACCUGAUUUAAAAUAA